AUGGGAAAUAUCCCAACAAGACUUGAAACAUUGCUGAUAAUAUGUUACAUUGCCUUGAAUGUCUUGAUUUGUGUGGCUGUCGUUGACUGGUCCCAGUCCAUCAGUCAGUCGCUGCGUUGCUUGAUAGGAACAACAGGAACCCUCGCGAUUGUCAAUCUAGUUCCAUUGGUCAUAACCGCUGGCCGAAACAACCCGUUGAUUUUGGUGCUAAGGGUGCCUUUUGAUGCCUUCAACCUUGUCCAUCGCUGGCUGGGUCGGAUCGUUGUGGCGGAAGCUGUCGCUCAUACUAUGGCAGUGCUUGUUCGUGUUGGUAUGUCGAGGGGAUGGGACACAAUCCCAGAUCAUCUGUUCCAUAAUCCGAUAUUUACAUAUGGUUUCGUGGCAAUUAUAGCUUUUGUUGUUAUCCUUUUUCAAUCGCUGUCUCCUUUCCGCCACGCUUUCUACGAGUUCUUCCUCCACUUCCACAUCAUUCUGGUUACGGCAUCAUUUGUUGCGUUGUGGUAUCAUUUACACAAAUUCGUGCAGAAAUGGAUCUUCCUUGGAGCUAUAAUAACUUGGGCUAUGGAUAGACUACUACGACUGGCUAUCGUCGCGUGGCGAAACUGCGGCAAGAGCUUGACUUCAGCUACUAUCCAACUUCUUCCAGGCGAUGUUGCACGAGUUGAUGUGACCGUAAUUCGCCCAUGGAAGUUUGAAGCCGGCCAAUACAUGUAUCUGUACAUACCUUCCCUGGGAUUAUGGACAUCUCAUCCAUUCUCCGCCGCCUGGGAAUCGGCCGACAAGCCACAUGGCUCAUUCUCGGCAAUGGACUCAGAAAGAAGCAGCAAUAGCUCGUCUAGAAGUAUUUUGAGUGAUACUGCUCGAGAUACGCAACGUACAGUGUCUUUUCUGAUCCGGAAAAGGGAUGGCUUUACCAAAAAGAUGUUGAAAUCAGUCGGGUUAAAAGUUGGUCUUCAACGUCGCGUUUUGGUUUUGGCUGAGGGUCCUUUUGGCGCUAUACACUCGUUUGGUUCGUAUGGUUCUACCGUUCUGAUAGCAGGAGGCAUCGGGAUAACACAUUCCAUCUCAUACCUUCGAGAACUGGUUGAUGAGUUUGCAAAAGGCUCUGUAGCCACUCGGCGAAUCACACUAUUGUGGGUGGUACGCAGCAUUGACCACCUUCAAUGGGUUCAGCCCUGGAUGACUUCUAUUCUAAAUCACCCCGUCGUUCAAGGCUCAGUUGCAUUCUCAAACGCAUCGACAACCCUAGACUCUCGGAGCCCCUAUUCUAUUUACAAUGACACAUGUUUUGAGCGCACGCUCUCCCUUUCAGUCAACGUACAUUUGACGACAUACUACAGCAGCAGCAACACUGAUACCUUCAACAUCGACCCAUUACCAGCUAGAUAUUCCUCCCUCAUUUGCAACCAGGAGAAACGAAGCAACCCUUACAACGACGAAAUCACCCCUGUGACACCAGCACAUACAAAAACUUUUCCAAAGGAUUCUCCCUCUUUCUCCCGUCCAUAUCCUUAUCCUCACCCUCAUCUCACCGAACUAUCAUCGCCGACCGGGUCCUCAUCUUCCUCCACACUCAACAAAACCAUAGACCAAGAUUACUACCAGCAUGAUGACGAGAAAACUCACAUACUAACCCCAAGCCUAAGCAACGUUGCCACCAAGAUAACCACAACCACAAAUACAAAUACAAACACGAGCACACGGAACCAACUCUUCCAAGACUGGACUCAACUCAGCACCCCAACAGCGCCGGUAACAAUAAACCUUGGCAAGCCAUUCUUCCGUCAAGUACUGGAACGCGAAAUGGCACAACAGAUCGGUGCCAUGGCCGUUAGUGUCUGUGGACCGGGUGGAAUGGGUGAUGAAGUUCGCAAGGCUGUUAGGGAAGUGCAGGGUAAAAAGACGGUGGAGUUUUUUGAGGAGAGUUUUUCAUGGUAA